GCGGCGGCAGCGGUAUGCAGGUAGGCUAUGGUACCGCCUCAAGCUCUGAGUCCGGCCAACUUGGACAACAUGCUGUCUUGAAAGAGACGACACACACCACACCAACUUUCUAUGGCUGUGGAUUUUAAAAGACUGAGCGGAUCGUUUUCCUGGAGGAGUCGGGCUCAGGAGCCACAGACACAGAGAGCCGCUGGUCACUGCUGAAGGCUGGAAACUGAAAUGUGGAUGGGACUCACCUGAGCAGACUAUUCGAGCCUGCAGGCUACGUUUACAGGGAGCUUUGUGGUACAAAUCCAUACAUAUAUAUAUAUAAAAAAAGAGCCGAAUAUUUUCUGUAAGCCGAAAGUUUAUUAUAAUGGGUGUGCAGUGGACGAACUGGGUUUUCCUCCUGGCUUGCUUCACUGGAUUAACUUGUGGAAGCCUAAAUAGCUGCGACGAAGUGCGCAAAGUUUUCCAACUCAGGCAAAUUGGACCGAGUAAAUUGUUGCCUUCAAGUCCCAAACCAGGGUCAGACCUCCAGGUGUGCACGUCCAGGAACUUGACCUGCUGCAGCAAGAAGAUGGAGGAGCGGUACCAGGUGGCCGCGCGCAGAGACAUCCAGAACCUUCUCCAGACGUCCAGCUCCAGCCUCAAGUUUCUCAUCUCCCGCAACGUGGCUGCUUUUCAGGAGACAUUUGAGGUUCUGAUGAAGCAGGCCGAGAAUCACACCAACUCACUCCUCCACGAGUCAUACCGCAACAUGGCCAGCCAGGCCGUGGGCCCUGUGCGGGAACUCUUCACUGAUAUUGGCCUCUUCUUGCUGGGCUCGGAGCUAAACGUGGAUGAUUUAGUCCAGCGAUUCUUUGACGCCCUCUUCCCGUUGGUCUAUAAUCAUCUGAUUAACCCAGACCUCAGCGACAUAGCACCCGGCUAUGCAGAGUGUGUCAGGUCGGCAAGCCGUGACGUAAGGCCAUUUGGUGCUGCACCCAGCCUCCUGGCCAAUCAGAUUGCUCAUUCUGGGGUCUCUGGGAAGCUUCUGCUUCAGGCGCUGCACCUUGGGAUUGAGGUCAUCAACACCACUGACCACCUGCAGUUCAGUCGCGAGUGCAGACGGGCACUGCUCAAGAUGCACUACUGUCCUCACUGCCAGGGCUUAACCCAGUCCAAGCCCUGCAUGGGCUAUUGCCUCAACGUCAUACGGGGCUGUUUGGCAAGCAUGGCAGAGAUCGACACCCACUGGAGGGAGUUUGUUCGCUCGCUGGAGGGCCUGUCAGCGCGGAUGCAGGGACCUCAUGACUUGGAGCAAGUGCUGCUUGGAGUUCACACACUGCUUCAUGAUGCUGUGGCACAUGCUCAAAAAAACGGACCCCGCCUCUCAGCACAGGUGCAUAAACUGUGUGGCCCGCCAAGCAGAGAGCCUGCACAGUCUGUCAGCGUCCAGCAGCACAGCAGCGGCAGAGAAUCCAUCCCUCUUAAAGCUUAUGUGAGAGAGUCAGGAGACUCCCUCGCUGUCAGGAGAAAGGAGUUUCUGAACAGUCUACGUCUGUACCGUACAUACUACGGUGGCUUGGCGGAUCAGCUGUGUGUGAGUGAGCUGGCCUCCGCUGAUGGACUCUCCUGCUGGAAUGGAGCAGAUAUUGUAAAGAGCUACACCCUCCGUGUGGUGGGCAGCGGGAUCAAGGCCCAGACGACCAACCCCGAGGUCAAAGUGAAGGCAGCAGACCCUGUUAUAAAUCAGAUCAUUGACAAGUUGAAACACAUUAAUCAGCUGUUGCAGGGAAAGUCCAUUCCCAAACUGGGGACGUUGGACCAGAUCGAAACAGGAAGUGGGGAUCCAGAGGGGCGCUACAGCGGUGACUGCGAUGAUGAGGAUGGUUGUGGUGGCUCGGGGGCUGGCGAGGUGAAGAGGAAGGUCUCCAGAGUCUCUAAGCUGAGUCCAGAUGUGACCAGCGACCACAGACAUCAUCAUCAUCAUCACCCAUAUGGAGAGGACUCCGAAAUGGACAGCAGAUCCAACUCACAUGGGAGGUUGACAGGAGCCAUCUGGAUCUUGAUAUUGCCUGGUGUCCAGAUGCUCCUGGACUUGUAACGGCAGCUGUGUUGCAGCCCGACACCUUAAAGACUUCAAGCCUUCAAGAAAUGAGAGGGCCAAGAGACGGAUGUUACGAGCUCCAGUGUGUGCUGGGGCAGCGUUUCCACACAGUGCAGGACACAGGGUAGAAGCGAACACUAAUAACUGUGUGUGGAUCCAUAUGGUACCUUAAUGUACUGUUAAACACUGUGCUUGCAAAAGACAGCAUAUGCAUUGGCAUUGAGGAUAUUAACUGAAUAUAAAUGGUUAUCUGUUUGGUGGCAUUCACUAACACUAUACUGACAUAUUCAAAACAGCCAAUGUCACUGCCAUGAAUGAUACAAGGCAGCAGAAAAUUACUGUGUGUUGUAAAAGCUUGACAUUAAUUUAAUUGUAUUUCAAUGCAUAAUAUAUUUGAACUAUAGAUAUGCUGUAUGUAAGUGGUAAUUUGCUUUAGCAUACUGCACUGUACUGCACUGUACACAGUAUAGGUUGUGAGAGUGUUGUAUUUUCUGUGCUCCUCCUUGAAACGGGGUUGCACAGCAGUUGUGAAACGAGUCGAGUAGUCUGAAAGGUUAUUUCUGAUGUUUGAAUUUAAACUGAAAACAUAAAAGCUUCCACAGCUCUUGAGGUUGCAAUAUUUGUACAGCCUCAAAAGUUUUCAUAUGGCACCUUAUCAUGCUCAUACCAUCUGGGAAAUCCCUGGUUCCUUCCCUGCUGUAUGUACAACGUCCUCAAAUGUGUUAAUUAAUGUGUUAAUAUAUAUAUGUAUAUAUAUA